AUGAGCGAAAUGAUAGUAAUUACCGAGCAACCCCUCAAUCCGGAGGAAUACACCAGCCUGGUGCAACGUGACUCCAACGGGGCCGUGGUUACAUUCCUUGGAACCACCAGGGACUCCUUCGAGGGAAAGAAGGUAAUUCACCUGGAAUAUGAAGCCUACGAGGAAAUGGCCUACAAGAAGCUGGAGGAGAUCCGCCAGGAACUGAGGGCCGAGUUUGGUGUGGAAGAUGUCGCCAUAGCCCAUCGCAUCGGGCCGGUGAACAUCGGUCAGAUCAGCCUGGUGGUGGCAGUGGCUUCACCCCAUCGGAAAGAGGCAUUUUUCGCCUGCCACGAAGCGGUCAACCGACUAAAGCAUGUAGUGCCCAUAUGGAAGAAAGAGGUCUACGAUGGCGGGGAACACUGGGUCUCUUGUGAAGACCACGAAUUUCACGAAGAAGCCGCUUCCCAUCAAUCCGAGACGGCACCCGCCACGGCGGAUAACGACUAG